AUGACGCAACCCAUUGGCGUCGCCAUCAUCGGCAGCGGCCUCUUCGUCAAGGCCGAGCAUCUCCCCGCCGUCCUGGGAAACGCCAAGCUCGACCUCAAAGCCCUCUACUCGCGGUCGCUCAAGUCGGCCCGAGAGACGGCCUCGCAGAUCAAAGACGCGCCCAGGCCCGACCUGUACUCGGACGACGCCCCCGGCAGCAACUACGCCGACCUCCUCCGGCGGCAGGACGUCCGGGCCGUCAUCGUCGCGCUGCCCAUCGCCUCCCAGCCCUCGUACGUGCAGGCCGCCCUCGCCGCGGGCAAACACGUGCUCGCCGAGAAGCCCAUCGCCAAGGACGUGGCCACGGCGCAGGCCCUCAUCUCGUUCCACGACAGCCUCCCCGGCGGCGGCGGCGACGGCGGGAAGCCCAUCCUCGCCGUCGCCGAGAACUUCCGACUCGUCCCGCGGCUCCUGCACGCCGCCGGGCAGGCCCGCGCCCUCGGCAGGGUCACCCACUUCUCCGUCCGGGUCGCGGGCCUCGUGCGCCCGGACAACAAGUACUACGGGACGAGCUGGCGCGCGUCGCCGGCCUACCAGGGCGGGUUCCUGCUCGACGGGGGCGUGCACCACGCCGCCGCCACGCGCCUGUUCCUCCGGGGCGAGGGGGACGCGCCCGCGUCGGUGAGGGCGUUUACGGCCCUGACGCGCAGCCACCUCGCGCCGAUUGACACCGUCACGGCCAUUGUCAGGACCGAGUCCGGCGCCACGGGCACCUACUUCCACUCUGCGGGGUCGCUGAUGAGCGCGUUCGAGUGGGAGGUUGCCUGCGAGAGGGGCGUCGUCAGGUCCGACGGGGACGUGGUGACGGUGACGGGGGAGGACGGGAGCAAGGCCGAGACGAGGUUUGAGCGGACGAGCGGCGUGAGGGAGGAGGUGGAUGCUUGGGCGGGCAGUAUCCUGGACGGCAGGGGCGUGGUUGUGCCGCUGCAGAGUGCGCGGGAGGCGUUGGCCGAUUUGGAGUUUUUGGAGAAUAUGUUUGCGAGUGGUGCCGAGGACGGCGAGGAGAGGAGGUACGUGCUGCAGAAGUGGUGA